UCACCUGAACAAUGGUUUAAAAUCAUCCAUGGAAGAAGACGAAGACGACGACGAAGAAGUGAUUUUGUCAGAGAACGUUUGCAAAACAGAAGUAAGGUAAAUAUGUCAGUUGUGUGCGGGAAAAGGUUGUUCGAUGAGGUCGAAGCAACCGAAGAAGACGAAGAUAGAGGGUCUGAAAGUGAAGGCUGUUUCUCCAGUUCGGAAAGCGUCGAUUCGCUUGAGCAGGACAAUCUCAACAGAGGAAUGGACCCGCUGUUGAACAUGGACAUCUCAGUGCCACCUGAUGCAAAUGUAGCCUGCAGAGGUCCCACCACACCACCUCCCGCAAACCCUGUGGUCCCUGAUUCCGGGAGUUUGGAGGGGAACAGUACGGCCCCCUCUGAGUCGUGUCCUGGAAGUCAGGAGAGAAACAAAAGAACGCUCCGCUCUUCAAAAACUCCAAACCCCACAGGAGCCAAGAGAAGGAAAUGCGCCCCCAAACCCGACAGUUCCGCGAAGGAUCGAUGGAGGGACGCCAGUGACCCAGAUUCCAGGCAGCCCGGUCGCAUCUUCCGCCCAUCCCGGAGUCCCGGCGUCCAGCUGGACACCCACAGGUCGUACAGCUAUUUGGAGCUCUUCCAGUUGUUUUUCAGUCCGGGCGUCGUCCGGACGAUUUGCGCCAACACGAACAGAAACGCUGCGCGGAAGAUAGCGCACGGGCUGGUGAUCACCUGGCUGCCGCUGAGCGAGGCCGAGAUGUACCGGUACCUGGGCCUCCUCAUCAGCAUGGCCCUGCUGAAGGCCCACGAGGUGAGGGACCACUGGAGCCAGAAGAAGCUCUACGACUCUCCCUUCUGUCGCUCGGUGAUGUCGCAGUCGAGGUUCCGCCUCAUCGCCUCCACCCUCCACCUGAGCGACCCGGACGAGGAUGCGGAGAACGAGGCGAAGAGAGGCACGCCCGAAUACGACGGCCUCCUGGCGAUCAGGCCCGUCAUCGACAGCCUGAAGAAUGCCUGCAAGGCCUUCUAUCAUCCGCGGCAGCAGCUGUCCAUCAACGAGCGUACGGUGGCCUACAAGGCUCAGCUCAGCGUGAGGCGGUACGCAAAGACCAAGCCCGGCAAGUGGGGCUUCAAGCUGUUUGUCCUCGUGGACCCCGUCAACGGCUACACGUGCGACUUCAACAUUUACUGCAGCGAGUCGGCCUCCCCCACGGGGAAGGGCCUGGGUUACGAUGCCGUCGUGGACCUGCUGAGCGUCCCGUACCUGGGGACGGGGUACCACGUGUACGUGGACAACUUUCACGCGAGCGCCGCCCUGUUCCGGGAUCUGCACCGGAGGAAGUUCGGAGCGUGCGGGACCAUCCGCGUGGACGGGCAGGGGUUCCCGUGCUCGCGCGCGAACGACGUGCCCAAGCAGGCGGCUCGGGGGACGGGCCGAUGGCUCCGGGAGGGCGAGCUGCUCUUCCUGAAGUGGGUGGACGCGCGGGAAGUGAGGAUAUGCUCCACCAUCCACCGGGCCGACGCGGGGGACGCGGUGGAGCGGCGCGUGCGCAACCCGGGGCGCGACAACUGCGCCGUGUUAAAAAUGCCCAUUCCCACCGCGGUCCGGGAGUACAACAAGUACGUGGGGGGCGUGGACUUGGCCGACUCGCUCAUCAACCGCUACAACAUCCGGCAGAAAACCGCCAAGUGGUACAAGACCCUGUUCCACCAUUUCGUGGACGUGGCGAUCGUGAACGCGUUCCUGCUGCACAAGGAGCUGGCGAAGCUGAAGAACGCCAGGCCUCUUACGCAAAAGUGCUUCCGGGAGGAGCUCUGCCUGCAGCUUGUGGACUUCGGGGUUCAGAGAGAAACCCCAACAACCCCAACAACCCCCGCGACCCCCGUGACCCCUGCGACCCCCGCGACCCCCGAAUCCCCCGAAAACCCGGCUCCGGAGGAUUUCGUCAUCAAGACGGAACCGGACGCCUGCGCGCUCGGACCCGCGAUGCACCUGGUGACGUCCAUCGUCGACCCCGCCACGGUGGCGCCCUCACUGAAGGCCACGGCCGGGCGGAAGUACUGCGUCCACUGCAUGGCGUCCAGGAAGUACAUGAAGACCAACUGGCGGUGUCUGACGUGCAACGUGCCCCUCUGCGUCAUAGCGGACAGGAACUGCUUCGUCGAUUGGCACGAGCGGAAUUUUGGAGAACACCCGGAGAUUAAAAAGGAGGAGGCCUGAGCUGCCCUUUUCAGUGUGUGCGCGUGUGUGUGUGUGUGUGUGUGUGUGCGCGCGCGGCUCACUUUUUGUAAAUGGUUCACUGUUACCGAUUGCUUUAAGACAUAUACAAAAAGGUUGUUUUUUUACCCCAUUGGUGGAAGACAUAGCCUGGGCCUAGUUAGAAAGGCAAAUGUACUGCAAUAUACCCUCUAAUUAAUAAUAAAUUUGCUAAAUAAAACCAGUA